AUGACGAAAGUGUUUCGACAGCUGGGCCUUUGGGAUGAUCUCGAGAACAGGCUCAAGUCGAAGAAGAUCCGAGCCAAGUGCGAAGAUCUUGUCAGUGAGCGGAUGAACAAGGCCAGGCAUCUCCGCGUCAGUGAGGUCGCCUUUGAGUAUUUCACUGACCUCAACAUCUGGCGCAGCCUCGUCAAUCGCGAUAACAAGACUCCAUGGCCUUGGGUCACCUCCCCGUUACCAUCCGAGACUGGCCCGUCACUCGCAAUCUCUCAAACUUACAAGACAUGGCAAAUCAGCCGUGGAAAGUCGAUUGAGAAAGCCCUAGAGCGCGGCGACAGUGCUCAUCAGCCCACCAGAAUGCCCUUGGACAAAUCCCAAUCGCCUGCGGGCCAGAACGCGGCAAAGCCGUCUACUAGCCCAGCAGUACCAGCAAGAGUGCAGGUUAACAAUUGUACCAGCUGUCGAGGUACUGGCCGCCAAGUCUGUACCGGCUGUCAGGGUGCUAGCCAUCAAGUCUGUACCAACUGA